UACUCCUACCACGCUCCCCAUCUCUCUCUCUCACUCUAAAACAACCCCCCACACUCUCUCUCUCUACAACUCAACCCCCCUCUCUAUAUCAGCACACCACAUCCCUCACUCCUUCCCCUCUCUCUCUCUCUCUCUCUGUUUUUUCCGUUACAAUUUCCCUCUGUUUCUCUCUCUAGAAGUUCAACAGUGAUGAAGCAGUUGAUCCGACGACUCUCGCGCGUGGCCGACUCCUCGCAGUACUGCCUCCUCCGAUCCGACACGCGGCCGUCGCGCCGCUCCUCCAAGGGUCGCCACUGCGCGGCCCGAUCCGGCGGCGUUCCGGAGGGGCAUCUCCCGGUCUACGUCGGCGAGGAGAUGGAGCGGUUCGUAGUCAGCGCGGAGCUACUCAACCACCCGAUCUUCAUCAAGCUGCUCAACAAGUCGGCGCAGGAGUACGGCUACGAGCAGAAAGGUGUUCUUCGCAUCCCCUGCCAUGUCCUCGUCUUCGAACGGGUUCUCGAAGCGUUGCGUGUCGGCGACGACGACGCCCAAGAUCUCGUUAACGCCUUGUCCUCCGAUGACUUUCUCUAGAGUUUCAACAGCGCGAGAUUAGAGCAGAUCUUGAUCGAUCGAUCCUACAAUUAGAUGAUAUGAUCGUUCUUUUUUUUUU